AUGCAUAUACGACGGAGAACAUACGAAAGAUCGUACUCGGAUACUUCUGGUGAUACGAAAAUCGUUCUAAAACGACAUCGCAUCCGCUCGUCGGCUACCGAUGCACCUACUAUCUACGAAAACUCUUUUCAACAAUCGAGUCCGACAAGACCAUUCCCGAAAACUCGCCGUGCGACACUCGUCGGUAUUCCACCGACUUUAAUCAAUGCUUCAAAGGAAAACCUUCAGAAAGAGCUCGCUGUUCAGCCAACGGUUUUCUUCUACAAUGAAGAAACAUUUCAAGAAGCUUGUUAUCGCUCGAUCGAAGAUAUUCCACUGGUAACAGAAAACGAAUGUUUAUGGAUUGAUGUCACGGGAGUACAUGAUCAUGAAUUAUUGUCUCGUAUUGGACACCGAUUCAAUAUCCAUCCAUUGGUUGUAUCUGACAUUGAAACGACCGAACAACGAACGAAAUUAGAUGUAUUCGAAGAUGCGUUGUUUCUCGUAGGCAAAAUGAUCUAUCCCGAUAGCAUUCAACCGAUAACGCACAUUGAACAAAUAAGUUUCUAUUUAAAAGAAAAUAUUCUCAUUACAUUUCAAGAAAAGCCCAAAGAUAUCUUCGAAGCGAUUAAAAAUCGAAUUCGACAGAAUAAGGGUCGUAUACGUCGUUCGAAGAUCGACUAUUUAUUCUACUCUUUAAUCGAUACAAUCGUCGAUCGAUACAUGGAUGUCUUAGACAAUAUUGGCACGAAAGUCGAAGCCAUCGAUCAUCAGUUAAUGCGAACCCUAUCUCGUGAUACACUGGAACAAAUCUAUGAUCUAAAACGCGAAAUGCUAUACUUUCGUCGUUCGAUAUCUCCAUUGAAGGAAAUCAUUAACAAGCUGCACAAAGAAGAAGAAACGCAAAUCAUGCAAGAAAGCACGACGAUCUAUUUAAAAGAUCUCUUCGAUCAUAUCGUUCAAGUCAAUGACACUAUCGAUACGUACAGAGAAAUGCUUUCCUCGUUCAUCGACUUCUACAUGAUGUUGAACUCGAACGCUAUGAAUGAAGUGGUGAAAACAUUAACAAUCAUUUCGACGAUUUUCAUUCCAUUAACUUUCAUUGUUGGAGUCUAUGGAAUGAAUUUUGACUAUAUACCGGAAAUCCAUUGGAGAUACGGAUACUUUGUUGUUCUUGGUUGUAUGACUCUACUGACAUUGAUUAUGCUCUCAUGUUUUAAGCGAAAGAAUUGGUUUUGA